AUGCUCACCUCACGCAUCACUCGCAGAAUUCCAUCUCAAGCCUCACGGCUUCUGCACCUGCCUACCCGCCGGUUCCAGUCAUCCUCAACAACCACCGAGUCCCAACUUUCCCCCUUCACGAUUGCCCUCCUAGGCGGUGCCGCCGGAGCAACAACACUCUACUGCAUCUGGCUCCUAACCCCCUCAGGCAAAAUGACCCGCCGCAUUAACCGCCUAGCGCGCGACGCCGACGUUAAAUACCAACAAGUCUCCACCAUGAUCAAGUCCAAAACCCCGUCUACCGACGAAGCGGCUUCUACCCUCAAACAAAUCUGCUACUCCUAUGUGUCGUGGGUUCCUGGAGGCAGGGCAUACGUGGAUAGCGCUUUUAGGGAUUUGAAUGCGGUGAGAGAGAAGCACGGGGAGGAGGUGGAUAAACUGGUGAGGGAGACGUGGGGGGAAUUUCAGUCCAUUGCGAGGGAGGGAAGUUUUAGUUUCGAGACAGCGGCCCGGGCAUGGGAUGCGCUGGCGGAGCUAGGGAAAAAAGUGGCCAAUUUGUCGGGGGAUGUAGCACAGGAUGUGGUAGAGCGGCAUCCACAGGUAAAGGAAUGGGUCGGCGAGCCAUUGAGGCAGAUGGCAGAGAAGGCGGCGCUGUACGGGCCGGACGCGAAAAAGCUUGUGGAUGAGACGUGGCAGCAGGUGAACGAGAUUGCCGUGAGUGGGGUGUCAAUGGAGAGUGCGGACAAAGUCCGCAAGCUGGUUGAGGAGAAGAUGCAGCAGUUGAAGAUGAUUGGGGAUGAGACUUGGGAAAAGGGGAUGAAACAGGCCCAACCGUAUCUCGAUAAGGCGCCGCGGGUGAGGGAUAUGAUUAUGGAGAAUGUGGAUGCGUUGAAGGAGGGGAAUGUGGCGGGGUUGUGGGAGCAAGUGAAAAGUCUUGGAGAGGGUACCGAUGUUUCAAAGGUCGAGGAAUAUGUCAGGAAAGCUGUGGAAAAAGCGAAGUCAUCAGGGGGGAGUCUAGCACAGAAGGGCAUCUCGGCUGCUGUGGGCAGCCAGCCCUCGCUCUGGCACAAAGUCGACCCGUUUGAGGACGUUGACGAGAAUACAAAGCGCAAGCUGCGCGAGGAUCUGAAGGCCUUGUCCACAGCAUUGGAAAAGCACUCAGACGAAGCAACGAAGCUGAUGCAGGAGACCAAGGAUGACCUGCGCAAGGUGAUCCAGGAGAAGGCGCGGAAGGCUCAGGAACUAGCCGAGAAGGCGAAGAAGGGGCAGUAG